AUGCCAAACGCCAGCCUGCUGCUGGGCACCCUGGACAGGGUUUACAUCGGUGCCGAGGGCUUGGUUGCUUUGUUUGCCACUCUGGGCAACAUCCUGGUCAUCUGGGUGGUGAAGCUGAACUCGGGGUUCCAGAACCCAACCCUGCACUUCAUCGUCUCCCUGGUGCUGGCUGACAUCGCCGUGGGGGUCGUCGUCAUCCCCCUGGCCGUCGUGGUGAGCCUGGGCAUCGCUGUCCGCUUCCACACCUGCCUGCUCAUGUGCUGCCUGAUGGUGCUGUUCACCAUAGCCUCUGUGCUCUCCCUGCUGGCCAUCGCCAUCGACAGGUACCUGCGAGUGAAGCUGACAACCAGAUACAAAGCAGUCACUACACGGAGAAGAAUUUGGUGGGCGCUGGGUUCGUGCUGGUCUGUGUCCCUGCUGGUGGCAUUCGUCCCCAUGUUUGGGUGGAACAAGGCAGAAUCCAGAAGUUCUGACUUCUUCAGGUGUGAGUUCACCUCUGUGAUGAGGGAGGACUACAUGGUCUUCUUUUGCUUCUUCACAUGCAUCGUGGUCCCUCUGCUCACCAUGUGUGCCCUGUACGCCAGCAUCUUCUACAUCGUCCGGACAAAGCUAAGCCAAAGUACAAGCAAGGGGAGAGGGGCAGGAGGGUUUUAUGGCCAGGAGUUCAAGAUAGCCAAAUCUCUGGCACUUAUCCUCUUCCUAUUUGCAGUAUCCUGGUUGCCUCUCUUCAUCCUAAACUGCAUUUCCUAUUUUAAGCCCAGGAGCCAGAUCCCCCCCUCUGUGGUGUACGUGGCAAUCCUGCUGUCCCAUGCCAACUCUGCCAUGAACCCCAUUGUCUAUGCUUGCAAGAUCAAGAAGUUCAAAGCCACGUACCUCCUCAUUUUAAGGACCUAUGUUCUGUGCAGAAAACCAGCCCCAGUUCUUACAGAGCAAUCAACAAACUAA